AUGACGCGUCUGACCGUACCCAGUCGUUACUACUGCGAGUCAUCGCAAAAACAACUGAACACGUCACAACAGAUGCGCGCCCUCCACACAGAGAAUUCCGUUGACCCCCAACAAAAAUACAGUUACCUAAAUCUAGACAUCGAUCGAUAUAAUGUAGCAAACUAUGUGGAUUUUGGCGACGGCGAUGUUAGAUAUCUGGUACACUGCACGAACGAGCCAAACGUAUCGAUUCCACAACUGGCAAAUCUAUUGAUCGAACGAUCACAAAACACAAACUGGACGGUAGUUUUUAAAGCACUCAUCACGGUACAUCAUAUGAUGUGCUACGGCAAUGAGAGGUUUACGCAGUAUCUCGCAUCCAGCAACAGUACAUUUCAACUGAGUAAUUUCCUCGACAAAAGUGGGGUACAAGGCGUGGGUGGAGCUGGAGCACGCGUGGGUUACGACAUGUCACCAUUCAUCAGAAGGUAUGCCAAAUACCUCAACGAGAAGGCUCUUUCAUACAGGACUGUUGCAUUUGAUUUCUGCAAAGUCAAGAGGGGGAAGGAAGAUGGAACGCUGCGCACAAUGAACGCUGAGAAACUACUGAAAACGCUGCCGGUGUUGCAAGCACAGCUCGACUCAUUGCUCGAAUUCGACUGCUCUGCCAAUGAUCUCACGAACGGAGUCAUCAACAUGACCUUUAUGCUGCUCUUCCGAGAUCUCAUUCGGCUUUUUGCUUGCUACAACGACGGCAUUAUUAAUCUUUUAGAAAAAUACUUUGAUAUGAACAAGAAACAAUGCAGAGACGCUUUGGAUUUAUAUAAAAAAUUUUUGAUUAGAAUGGACAGAGUGGGAGAAUUUCUCAAAGUUGCAGAAAAUGUAGGUAUAGACAAGGGUGACAUUCCAGACCUAACAAAGGCUCCCAGCAGUUUACUCGACGCACUAGAACAGCAUCUUGCCUCGCUUGAAGGCAGGAAAGGUUCAGCAGCCAAUACCCCGACUCAGUCAGCGAGCAAUCGAACGAAUGUAAAGUCGGGAGUGUCCGCCCUAUCUUCCACCAGCACUGCCUUCGGUACCGCGGCCAGUAACCAGAGAGUUGAGGGCGCUGGAAAUGGGCACAUUGAUGAUGUUGUUAGGCAACAGGCUCUUGCUGAAGAGGAAGCCGUGUUAAAUCAGUACAAGGUUGGUUACUCGCAGGCUAAGGUACAAUCACCGACUAAUGCAGCCAGUACAAAUCCAUUCCUCAGUUCUCCAGCUCAUGCAGCAGGUCAGCCCAUUGUUGAUCUAUUUGGCAGUGCACCAGCCGCAGAUAGCCAGAAAGCUUCAGACGAUCUAUUGCAAUUAGCAGGAAAUCCAUUUGCAGACAUGUUUGGAGCAUCACAAGCAGCUCCAGCCCAAACAGCUCCAGUACAAAACAAUAUGUGGAUGACUAAUGGUUUCGCCGUGGCACAACCAGCAACUAAUAACUUUGUUACAGAUAACAACUUCUCAUCAGUGUUUGGCAAUCAAGACCAACAAACCGCCGCUGCAGUCCCAGGAGCCCAAGGCAUACCGAAUCCCUUUGCUUCCGAUUUCCCCUCCUCGGCUCCCCAAGCCGCCGAGCAGCAGCAGCCACAAGAUAUGCAACAGCAUCAGCAAGAAGAUUUAUUCAGUAAUCAGAAGGCAAUGGAUCUGUUUCGCGAUAGUUCGACAGCACCAUGUGUUGAUCAGCAGCUUGUUGGAGAUACGAGUACUGCGACACCACCAUUCAGACCACCACCACCAGCAUCGCCAGCGAAAAGCGCCUUCGACGAUCUUAACGAUAGUAUACGUAUGGCAUUGGGUGGUUCACCCUCAAGACCACCACCUAUGGCGCAACAACAGCAGCCUGCUGCCAAUGCUACUGCAUUUGGAAUGUUUGAUCAACAAGGGAUGACGACGGCGACGAUGCAGCAGCAACCUGGUGGACAAGUACCUGGCUACGGGGUUGCCCCCUCCCAACAAGCCCAACUCCCCAUGGGAUACGGAUCCCCGGCUAAGCAGCCCUUGCCAGCUGCCGGACAACCGGCUGGCCAACAAUCAACUCCAGGCAAGGUGCUAACCGGUGAUCUUGAUAGCAGUUUGGCUAGUUUGGCGCAGAAUCUCAGCAUCAACAAGAGUGCUCAGCAACAAGUCAAAGGCGUACAAUGGAACUCGCCAAAGAACACGGCCAAGGCAGGCGGAACGGCCGGAUGGACGCCCCAGCCUAUGGCCGCGACAACGGGUGCCGGCUAUCGACCGAUGGGCCAAGGAAUGACGCAACUUCCCCCGAGCACAAUGGUCUUCCCCCCUCAGCCUGCGCCGCUGGGUAUGCAAGGCAUGCCGAUGGGUAUGCAACCUGGCAUGCAGCAAGUGAGACCGAUGAUGCAAGGUGGCCAGGCGCCAGCUGGUAUGAUGCCACAAGCGCAACCUACCACCGGUGCUGCUGUCUCAAUUCAACAGCAGCCACCGGCGCAACCAUCCCAGGCCAAUCAGGUUCAGCUUGACCCCUUCGGUGCACUCUGAGCUACCUAGGAUUGCAAUUGGAAGUAAAAGGACGUAAAGAAGCACCAACACUUGUAAAUACUGUGUAAUAAUGCCUAUACAAUUACCGAGAUGCGUGCAAACAAACAAAAAACAAGCAGAGAAAAUAUGCAACACCCUGACUUCUCUAACUUUAUCUUCGUUCGUCGUUCUCCCUUCUCGACUUUUCGCUUAUACGCCCGUUCAACACGCCAUAGCGAGACCAACCAUGUCUUGUUUCUCUUCGCUACAUUCUAAUUAUGGAUACUGCUACACAUGAAUAUGAACCGCUUGCAGGCGAGAAGGGCUCAAAGAACAAUAUCAUCAGGAUGAGAUGCUUAUCAGAUUUAUGCGCAGAUGGAGUACGAAUGAUUAUUGUAAUAAAACGAAUAUACAUUGCAUGGUCCUAUGUUUAAUCAAUUAAGAUUAUGUGUCGCAAGUGACUGCUGAUUACUAUUAUAUUCUUAUUUUUUGCGAAGGAUAUAAAAGAAAAUGUAGGGAAAAACACUGCUGUAUUACGUUUCGAGAUGUACAUUUUCAUUUAUGUUUCUUUGAUUAUUAUCAUCAUUAUUAUUAUGAUUAGCUAUCAGCAUCCAUAAUAUAAUUAUUAUUACAACGGUUGCUAUAAUUAUUGUGCGAUGUACGGGUGAGAGAGAUACGUUAAACGAGAUAUUCUUUUUAAAGUAUUAAGUACAAUGUAAUAAUCUUUAAAAUGUUAGCUUAUAAAUAAUUACAAAUGCGUAUAUAAAAUACAGAAUUUUAGAGUCAAGUAAGAUAGACAAAAUGAAAAUGAUGUUGAGGAGAACAAAAAUUAAAGAUAAAAGUUAGUGUGUGGUUUCCCCCUCUCCUCGUUAACUGUUCUUUCAUCGUACUGUUUCGGUAUGUCUUAAUUAGGUAGUUAAUUACACCACAUUAUAAGCGAUUUAGAAAUUAUACCGAUACUCAUAUGUACGUAUGUAGAAAGUUGAGUCACAUUUUUUGACAUGGUUCCGUAAAUUUAUAUACUGGAAUUAGGUACUAACAUCGGUGAAUUGAUUUUGACUAUUAUUUUGCAUGAGCAUUUGUUUUCUCUUAUGUCGUGCUGGAGUAUAUAAAUAUUUUGGAACACUGCUUUAUUAAGUUGCGUUGUAUAAAAAACUCGAUCAAAAAAUUAAGUUUGUCUUGUUUUAGCAAUCAAGUAUCACUUUCAAGAUAUUUUAUAUUUUGUUUAAUCUUUUAUUUGUAAAUGAAGUAUUUACAAUUUGAUUUGUUAAAAUGUCAUUUGACUUUUUUCAUAAACGAUACUUUUAUUAACUUAAAUUAAGACGUAAAUUAUGAAAUGUUAAUGGUUGAUGCGUACUUGAAAUUUAUAGAUUUUGAAAGUAUCAGUAAGUUCAGUUGGGUUGGGUUUUUUUAUCAAAUCAUUAUAAAAUUUUGUGAUCUGAUGUUUUCAAAAUACAGUAUGAUUAAAUGAUAAUAGUUCAAAUCAAAUAAAUUUUGUGAAUUAAAUUUGUGUGUUGAGUUUGUUGAUUCAAUUUUCUUUUAAAAAAUAAAAAAAUUAAGUUAAACGACAAAAACAAAGUAGCUUUUCUUUUUAGGUUUUGUUAUUUUUAACAAAAUGUUAUAAAUCGCGGAAAGAAAAUUUUUUUCUUAUAUCUGUACUAGCAAUUAAUGUUUGAAAAUAUUUUUAUACUUAUACUUUAUAUACAUAUACAUAUACAUAUGUGUAUGUGUGUAUGUGUGUGUAUAGAAACACACACACAAAAAAACACAUACGCAUUGAAUACCAUUCGAGAUUGGACAUUUUGUUGAAAAAUCAGACGUAUCAUCAACGUGUAUCUUAUCAAAAAAUUUAACAAAGAUAGCUAAUAGCCCAUGCCUAUUAUUAUUGAAGCGAUAUUAAGUAUUUGUAAAAAUCAUCUUUUAUCAGUAGAGUGCAAUUUGAAUGUUUAAUUUAUAUGUGUAUACGGAUGCAACUUUGCGAGCAUUUAAAAAAGUGAAUAAGGGUUUUCUCAAGUGUAAUAAUUAAUUAUUGUAUAUUGAAAAAUGAAUGUAAGAGUAAAAUAGAGAUACAUUUUACUUUUACAAGGUAUAUAUACUUAUUAAAAUUUAUUUGCUCAUUAUUUGUGCUUCUUUUCUUUAUCCUUUUUUAUCGUUAAAUUUUUCUAAUUAGCUACAAUUAUCCGUUGUUAUCACAAUGACUUCCUCGGCUCUAAGAUAAAUACUUCCCACAUGUUUGCACAUAGUUACUGUAAUCAUCAAAAUCGAGUAGAUAGAUCAACUAUUAUUAAAUGUGCGAAAAAAGAAAAUCAAGAAUGUUUGUUGCGACAUUAAAUAAUAUCAAUUUAGAAGCGUAGAAUUUCUGAGAAAGAAAAGAAAAAUAGCAUAUGAGUAUGAAAAUGUAAUGUAUAUUUUAAAGAUAUAUGUAAGUAUAUUGCUUGAAGCGACAAUGUUAUGAGCUAAGUACCAUGCAGAAAUCUAAGCUUAUAUAAGUUGAUAUAUUCAUUCUGGAAAAAUAUAUUAAGCAAUACUAAUUUUGUUUUGCAAUAAAAACGAAAACUGUUCAAAUUUUGAGGAAUGUUGAUUGAUAAAUAUUUUGAAUAGCGAUUUAUGAACUUCACAAUAUAUUUAAAAAUAAAAAUUAUCAUGUUGUUUAUAUUGAAAUGAUUCUAUUAUUAUUACACUCCUACUACAUAAAAAUAAAAAGAUUAAUAUAGUCAAUUCAAAUUUUUGUAACAUUAAUAUUUAUAAGAUAUCCUGAUGAGAAUUUUUAUAUUUAAAAAGUUUUUUUGCGCGAUCAAUACUAAAUGAAUAAUUAUGUACAUAAAAGAAAAUCUUUAUUUUCAGAAUAUUUAGCAUUCUACAUUCCUAUCGUAAUUAAAUAUUGUUAAGAUUUCCGAAUUUGCAAUAGUAAAAUUGGUUCAUAUGCGGCU